UUCAAAAGGUAAUAUUUUUUUCAGUGUACUACUAAUGGUGAUGGUGAUUGGGGUUGCCUAGGGUAUGGGUGUUCCUCUUGACGAGCACGGAGCAAACAAGACGAAGGUAGAGUUGGAAAGGUUGCGGACAGACGUCCCCUUGGCUAGAUCAGACUCCACAGUCGGCAACGUCGUCUACAGUGUGGCUGGCUUCCUACUCGGUGGUGUGUCCUUGUUCGAUCCCACUAGAAAACCGGUCAUAAAGUUCUUCGACCAUGCCUUUGGUGAGAGAUCAGUGAGGCGGCGGCGUGAAGAUGGGACUGGCCUCGAGUCGCAUGUUGCUGCGGCUUUUGACGCCUUCACUGCUGCUCUCGACAAGAUGGAAGUGAUUGCCAAGAUGAAUAUGUGAAUUAUCUUUAAUGGUUUUGUGAAUGUUAGCACACUUGUACACUAGUCGUGUAAGAAUAAAGGGAUCAUAAAU